AUGACUGUGAACAGCGACCGCCCCUCAGACGCUACUGUGGUGCAGUCCGUGGUGUCGCCCCCCAACAAGCACAGCCCCACGAGCAUGCACAAGGACCUACCAGACGAUAGCCUCACGCGUCUCUCGAGUCGCCUGCUGCAGUCCCGCGUGGGCCGUGACAAGCAGCGCUACGACGGACACACGCGGUUGCUGGCGUGCAUUGUGAUCUCGCGUCGUCACGUCGACACCAGCGACGAGUUCCUGCUCAUCUCGAGCUCCAAGCACCCGACGCAGUGGAUCCUACCCAAGGGCGGCUGGGAGACUGACGAGACUGUUGUGGAGAGCGCACUGCGUGAAGCCGAUGAGGAAGCGGGGAUUUCGGGUGAGGUCGUGGGCGCACUAGGCACACUGGACUUCGCUAGUCAACAGGGCAAACCGUGUCGUUUCUACGGCUUCAGACUCGAGGUCAGGCAGGUCUUCGAGGACUGGGCUGAGAACACUCGUCGGCGCAAAUGGGUUUCUCUUGACGAGGCACGGGAGUUGUUGCAGCACCGGCCCGAGCUGGUUGAGAUGGUAGAGCGCGCUGCGGCACUUUAA